CCCAAGUUCCUCCAGGCCUUGAAGAACAUCACUGCCAUGGAAGGAACCAGGGUCACCUUUGAUGGUGUAGUUACAGGUAAACCUGAGCCAAGCAUCAGAUGGUUCAGAGAGGGGAAAGAACUCACAGAUCAAGCUGAUUUUGAGAUUACCUACCGACAAGGGCGAGUAACUCUAACUAUACCUGAAGUAUUUGAAGAAGAUGAGGGCCAUUUUACUGCUACAGCUGAGAAUAUUGCUGGUUCUGCUUCUAGUACAGCUGAACUCAUAGUCAGAGUUUUUGAUGCUCCUGCAGCACCACAAUUCAAAAAGAUUCCUGAUGAUUUAACAGCAUCAGAAGGUACCACUGUCAGGUUUGACUGUCUUGUGACUGGACGACCUGCACCAGAAUUAGACUGGUAUAGAGACGGC